CGUCCCCAAGAAGAGAUAACCAACCUCUUGAAAGAUGCAGCGGCAAUCCACUUCUCGACUGUCCAGGGUCUACCUUUGGGGGUGGAGUACUUUCAGAAACUGAACCCUGACUUUCUCUUACAGAUCGCAAAGGAGUAUCUUGCUCUUUGUCCUCCUAAGCCUCCAGGCCAGGGCCAGGCUUCUCCUCAGCUCAGGCACUGUGCUGCAUUGUUGGGCAAAGUGGUCAAGAUUGUGCCAGGGCUCCUUCAAGGCCUCUUCCUCCAAGCCAAAGUCCGAUAUCAAACUGGUGAUGUGGAUGGUGCUCAGAGCAGUCUGCAGCACUGCCUGGAACAGUGUCCUUCUCAUACAGACGCACAUCUGCUCAUGGCUCAAAUCCACUUGUUGCGCGGCAAUUUUACUUUGUGCUCGCAGUUGCUUGAAGUCUCCCUCAGCCAUAACUUUGAGAUUCGGGAACAUCCCUUGUACCUCCUGAUCAAGGCUCAAGCAAAGAAGAAAAUGGGGGAACUGACUGAAGCAAUCCAGAUUUUGCAAACGGCAAUGAGUCUUCCCGGGGUCUGCAGCGCUGGAUCAGCAGCCAAGUCCAAAACGAAAACAAUCCAGCUGAGUCCUUCUGACUGUGCCUCCAUCUUCUUGGAGUUAGCCGAGGCUUUGCGGCUAAACAAUAAACAGCAAGAAGCAGCCAAGGUGAUGCAAGACGCCAUCAACAAGUUCUCCGGCACUCCUGAGGAGCUUCUAGUUACUAUCGCCAAUGUCGAUCUGGCUUUGUUUCACGGUGACACAGAGUUGGCACUCAAUAUGCUGAGAAACAUUACACCUGAGCAACUCUACUACAUUCAAGCCAAGCAGAAAAUGGCAGAAAUUUACCUGAACCACAAAAAAGAUAAGCGUCUGUUUGUGAGCUGCUACAAGGAAAUAGUGGACAAGCUACCCAGUCCUCAUACAUACGUCUUACUCGGGGAAGCUUACAUGCUUAUUUUAGAGCCAGAGAAAGCCAUUGAGGUGUAUGGGCAUGCUCUGGAGAAAACACCAAAAGAUGCAGCUCUGGUCAGCAAAUUUGGAAAGUUUUUAGUCAAGACUCAUUACUUUGAUAAGGCAUUACAUUAUUAUGAAGCUGCACUGAAGACCGGACAGCAGAACUUCCUGCGCUAUGACCUGGCCGAGUUGCUGAUGAAGAUGAAGCAAUACGAGCGCUGUGAGAGUGUUCUGCUUGAAGCUCUCUCCCAUAAGCCAGUGACUGGAUUACCUGCACUGGCAGAUGAUUGCCGUUAUCUGAUGCUGUUGGCAAAUGUCCAAAAUAGGAUUGACAAAGCAGAAGAAGCCUUAACAUCCCUACAAAAGGCGCGGGACGUACAAGCCAAAGUACUGAAGCGGGUGCCGUUGGAGCAACCUGACAGCUUUGACGUCCAGAAGCAGUUGGCUGCCAAGAUCUGCACUGAGAUAGCCCAACACUACACUAGUCAGAGGGUUUACGACAGAGGCGUCGAGUUCUACAAAGAAGCUCUUGUGCAUUGUGAGACGGACCACAAGUUGAUGCUGGAGUUGGCACAGAUAUUCCUCACGCUAGAUGAAUUCGAUGCAUGCCAGGAGCAAUGUAACGUCAUCUUGAAGAAAGACCAGUUUAAUCAAGAUGCAACUCUGAUGAUGGCCGAGCUUAUGUUCAGGAGAAAAGAUCAUGAACAAGCAGUUGUGUAUUAUCAGCAACUGCUGGAGAGCAAGCCAGAAAACUUCUCAACAGUGUCACGUCUCAUUGACUUGCUAAGGAAGGCGGGAAAGUUGGAAGACAUGCCCGGAUUUUUUGAAAGGGUAGAAAAAGAUUCUCCCAGCGUUACAUUUGAACCGGGCUUUAACUACUGCAAAGGACUUUAUUUUUGCUAUAUGGGAGAACCCAAUGAUGCUCUGCAUCAUUUCAACCAAGCCCGAAAAGACGCCAAGUGGGGUCAAAAUGCUGUCCAUAAAAUGAUUGACAUCUACCUCAAUCUCAACAAUGACAUGAUGGGAAUCGAAUUAUGUCACUUAGAUUCCAAAACUGGGAGCUCCACAGAAAAGCAGGAAAUGGAGAGGGUUGCCGUGGCAACGGCUCAUCUGCUCUUGAAGGAAUUAAAGCCAGAAUCACCUGGAGGACAUUUAAAGCUCCGUAUGCUCGAGAACUACUGCUUACUGGCCACGAAACAGAAGGCCAAUAUAGAGAAAGCCCUCUCUGUCUUUACCGAGAUUGCAACUAAUAUGGAAGCUCACGUGCCAGCACAGUUGGCCAUUGCAACCAGUCUCAUGAUGUUGCAACUAACCACCCAAGCCAGAAACCGGUUAAAACAUAUCACAAAAAUGAACUGGAAUAUUGUUGACGCUGAAGAGUUUGAGAAGAGCUGGCUGCUCCUGGCUAACAUCUACAUCCAUUCGGGGAAGUACGACUUGACAGAUGACCUCCUGAAUAGAUGUCUCAAUUAUAACAAGUCAUGCUGUAAAGCGUAUGAGUAUCGAGGUUUCAUUCUGGAAAAAGAGGAGGCAUUUCGAGAUGCAGCAUUGAACUAUAAACUGGCUUGGAAAUAUGGAAAUCAAUUCAACCCAACCGUUGGAUACAAACUUGCUUUGAACUACUUCAAAUCAAAACAGAAUUUUGACGCCAUAGAUGUCUGCCAUAAGGUGCUUGCUACUCAUCCAAAUUUUGUAAAAAUUAAAAAGGACGUCUUAGAGAAAGCUGUUGCUGCCUUGAGGCCAUAG